GCGCUGCACCGAGACUCCCUGCAUCGCCCGCCCGCGCCCGUCGUCCCGCCGCCGACAAGCAUCCGCAGGUCUCUGCACCGUCGCAACACGCCCUCGCCCACUGCUGCCGCCGUUUUCGUCCACCCAACAAACACCGCUGCCACUACAUCAUCCAGUAUUACCUGCCUGCCCAGCCCCAACGUCGGCGGCGCCAUCACCACCCCGCCGUCACGCCACUCGCCAGCUCUCCGCCGGCUGUCCACGCUGCUUGCACCUGGAACUGCACAAGGUUCUGAUCGCUUUCGACCGAGUAUCCCAGCCUUGGUUUCGGAAUCAUGGUAGAAGCAGCAGAGGGUAACCCCACGACGUGGAAGUUCACACAGUGCUUCGGUGACAAGGGCGAUGUGGAAGACAUAACAGAAGCGGACAUCAUCUCCACUGUCGAGUUUGAUCAAACGGGCAACUACCUAGCAACAGGUGACAAGGGUGGUCGCGUGGUUCUGUUCGAGAGGAACGAGACCAAGAAGACGUGCGAGUACAAGUUCCAUACCGAGUUCCAAUCGCACGAGCCUGAGUUCGACUACCUCAAGUCUCUCGAGAUCGAGGAGAAGAUCAACAAGAUCAAAUGGUGUCGCCGCCAGAAUGCAUCGCAUUACCUCCUGUCAACAAAUGACAAGACAAUCAAGCUCUGGAAAGUUUUUGAGAAGUCCCUGAAGGUUGUGGCGGAAAACAAUCUAUCACACGAGCUGACGCCCGGAGGUGGGGUUGCUGGUGGAGGCGGUCCUGUCAGGAACCCAAAUGCACACUUCCGUACCGCUACCGAUUUAAAACUUCCUCGCCUCACUCACCACGACACCGUUGUCGCUGCCGUACCGCGCAAGACAUACGCCAACGCACACGCCUACCACAUCAACAGCAUAUCGGUGAACAGCGAUGGAGAGACGUUCAUCAGCAGUGAUGAUUUGCGAAUCAACCUGUGGAACUUGAACAUUCAAGACCAGAGUUUCAACAUUGUCGACAUCAAGCCUGCCAAUAUGGAGGAGCUCACAGAGGUCAUAACUGCAGCAGAAUUCCACCCAACCAGCUGCAACUGGUUUAUGUACGCCAGCUCCAAGGGCACAAUCAAGUUGGCAGAUAUGCGCGAGAGUGCCCUGUGCGACCAGCACGCAAAACAAUUCGAGCAAGAAGAAGACCCGUCUUCCCGUUCUUUCUUCUCUGAGAUCAUCUCCUCGAUAUCCGAUGUGCGAUUUUCCCACGACGGCCGUUACAUCCUCUCACGCGACUACCUGACCGUAAAGAUCUGGGACGUAAACAUGGAGCGAACCCCUGUGAAGACCAUUCCUAUCCACGAGCACCUACGACCAAGGCUAUGCGACACAUACGAGAAUGAUAGCAUCUUCGACAAGUUUGAGGUUGUCUUCUCCGGCGACGCUAAGAAUGUCAUGACUGGCAGUUACAACAAUAACUUCAUGAUCUACCCGUCGGACCCUGAGAAGGACACCGAGGUGGUCCUACAAGCUGAUAAGUCGGCUUUCAAGGCCAAGAAGGUUGGCAUUCCCACACCGAUGAACUCUUCAACAAGCCCCAACGGCGGGAAGAAGGGUGGUUCGAGAGCUGGCAGCCCUGCCGCUGGCGCAGCUGGGCAAGGACAGCGCAUGAGGAAAGAGACGGAUGCGGAUCAGAUCGACUUCAACAAGAAGAUCUUGCACAUGAGCUGGCAUCCAUUCGAGGACAGCAUUGCUAUUGCAGCAACGAACAACCUCUUCGUCUUCUCAGCGUUGUAAGGACCUAAUGCAUGGCACGGUUGAUCUUGCAGGGACAUUUGCCAAACAGAGGCAUACGCUUGCUUCUUCUCU